AGUUUGUAGGCCUCAAUCUCAUCAUCUUUAGCUUCACCAUUUUACCAUUUGGUGGCAAACAUGAUGAUGACAACGAUGACAACGAGGAUGGCAACGACAAUGGCAACCUGGAUUUGCUUCCUCUUCAUCAGCAUGGACAUCGCGGCUGGGAUACUCGGCAUCCUAGCACAGAGGGCCCAAAACAAGAUGCCGUUCGAGAAAGUGUUGAUAGUGGAGUGCUGGGAACCAAGCUACAAGGCGUACGGGCUCGGGUUCGCAGCUUGCGUCCUUUUGGGAGCAGCUCAUGUGUUUGCUAACAUGUUGUGUGGCUGUUUUUGCUUAAGUCCCAAAGCUGAGCUCGUGCGCGCCUCUCCUAAUAGGCAACUAGCCGCGGCUUCCCAAGUCUUCUCUUGGAUCACAGGCUGCAUUGCCUUUACAUUGCUGGUCAUAGGGACAGUGUCGAACUCGAAAACAACAAAGACAUGCGGGUUGUCGCGCAGACACGUGCUCGUUGUCGGAGGGAUUAUGUCUUUCAUUCACGGGCUCUUCCUCGUUGCUUACUAUGUUGCUGCCUCUGCUGUUGCGAAUGAAGAUAGAAUGAUCAGACAACCAAUGGGCGUUGGUCCAUACAGACCACCAAAUUCCCAAAAAAUAGAUAGGAAGUGCCGUAUGACACUCCAAACCGCGGCGGUGGUUCCCGGCGGCGAUCUCCCCCGUAAAUUGUUUUGUACUCUUUUCGGUAAUUCGCCGCCCUCCACUGCCGCUGUGCGUGAUUUGGAAAGGGUCUCUGAGGUUUUUGUUUUCAAUCUAUGCCAUUUUUGUACCGAUUUCGCCUUUGAUGUGAAUUAGAAAGGUUCGUGCCACGUCGCCGGUAGCUUUUCCGAGCAUUGACCGGCGAUGCUAUGAUCGAACCGAAACCAAAGUGUUUUCGCAUUAUAUAGGAAGCUAUGGAUGGAUGAUAUGUUCCUCUGUAGAGCCGUCUGUGCGAUAACAUCUCUUGAUGUGAUUUUUUUACGAUUUCUUGUCUGAUUCGAUCGGAGAAGCCUAUGAGGAUUCUUUAUACGUUUUCUGGAAUUACCGUCUGAAAUUUACUCUGAAGACAGAUCGACUAUCUGAGGCUUCUCUCCAUCUUCCUCUAAUUUCAAAGAUUCAUAUUUCAUUACUGGACUUUUAUGAAAUUAUAUUGAACUGCAAUCUUUUUUUAUUAUAUCCCAUAAUUGAUUAUAUUUGUUUUCUUAUUUCUUGAUAACUUUGACUUCCUUUGUUUAAAAAUAAAGUUUUUGUUGCGUUUUACAAUAUUUGAUUUAAGUUAUUUUUAAAUUAUUGGUAUGGAAUAAAAAACGACAGAUGGAUAUAUUGUGUUUUAUGUGAAUUAAAACGGUUCGUGCCACGUCGCCGGUAGCUUUUCCGAGCAUUGACCGGCGAUGCUACGAACGAACCAAAAUCAAAGAGGUUUCGCAUU